CAAAAACAUAUUUGAAUUUAUGUUUUACUCUACUAAGUUGUAAUGUUCAAUUAUUAAAACAAUAAUAAAACAAUUAUUAAUUAUUAUUAUUAUUAUUAUUUUUUUAAACGUUUUAAAAAUUAUCAAACUCGCCGUUGUCGUGUACACCGUGGGUACAAAACCCAUAAAUCAUCGUCUUUUUGUUUUUUAUCCGUUUUUCCUCGGCUUUUCGCUUAUUCGUUUGUUCGGUGGUUCGCUUGUUCAAACAGAGAGCCGAACCAUUCGCCGUAUCUGCAAUACGUACGUAACACGUAACGUGUCGACACAGAACACACCGAUCGAAACUGCACCAUCUUAACUCUUUACCGUUAUCCACUGUAACAAUACAGUUUCUAAUUUAUAACUCGGCCGUGCGAUAGACAAUCAUCAUAGAACGCACGGGUACAUGACGACGUCACGUCACUGCCAAGUUUUUGAUUCAUUCGCGCGCCAACAAUAGUGCAUCUGACCAUGUCCUCCGCUGACGUAAAUAACACAAAAACCGCCUUUGUCAAUGCAGCUGUUGAUCCGAUGCUGGACAACAACGUCAACAAUACUCCAUUCAAUGAUCUCCAUGUACAGUUCCUAAACACACUGGACAAUCUGGAAAACAACCAGCCCAACACCCAGCCAACAUCGCAUGUAUUGUCAUCAAGCUCUAAGUCAUUUAGUGACAUUCUGACUUCGUUACAAACAUUGGUGAUCAAUCAGAACAAGAAAGAUAAUGGUGACGAGUUUGAAGACAGUCCAUUUCCUGUACUUCAAAAUCUGGACAAGCUGAGUCUGACAUCAUAUUCUCUUAGCUAUUACAUCAGUCACUGUCUACCCAAUGAACAGACCGUGCCAGUUUUGUCGCUCAUCAACAAAGCAACUACUAUGUGGUUAUCUCAGUUGUUUCAAUUUUCUAACUGCGGGGCGUUUUACACAGAAAACAUGAUUUUGAGUUAUGAAAGAGUAAUACUGCUUGCAUUACAUCGUAUGUUUGGCCCAGAGUAUUUUAGUCCAUCUGGAUUGCCAAUAAUUUACUGCACACCAGAUCCGGUUUUGAUUAGCACUAUCAAGAGAACCGCUUUACAACUCGGAAUGAAUGAAAAAUGUGUGCAAAUCAUACCAUGUCUAUCAGAUGUACUAUACCCAUACAAAGCAGAUUUAAAAGCAUUUGAAAUUAUUAUAAAAAAUGAUGUUGAAAAUGGUAAAAAAACUCUGAUAGUUUUUGCAAGAGCCGGAGCACAUGUCACUGGUCAGAUGGACGAUAUUGUAGAUCUAAAAGAAUUAUGUAGUAAAUACAAUAUUUGGAUGCACUUGUCGGGUGAUAAUUUGUCAGGAUUAGCUUUAGCCAAAUUCAAAACUGAAAGUACUCCUAAUUUAGCCGAUAGUAUAACAUUGACACCAAGCAUCUGGCUAAAUAUUUCAGCAUUACCUGUUAUUACUUUAUUUGAUAAACAAUAUUCAAAUACAGAAAUAUUGAAUACUUACAAGAGUAAAUGUUUACCUGUUUGGUCAUGUUUUCAAGCUUUAGGAUAUGAUGCACUUAUUUUAAGGAUACAACAAAAAUUUGAAGUUUGUCACCGCAUCCAUAGUUUAGUUAAAAAAUACAAUUGCCUCAGAAUUUUGUGUGAAACAAAAGAUCGAAACUAUACAGUACCAAAUACAAUUAAUGAUGAAACACUUAAUGAGGAAACAGUUGCUGAUAUUAUUGCCAACCAUAGAAAUAUUCCAGAAUUAUUGCACAAUCUAAUAAGUUGUUUUAUUAUUCAAUUUGUACCAAAAGACUGCAAUCAAAGGGUUUCCCCUUAUUACAAUAAACUAAAUUCUUGGUUGGGUCAAGUUUUGGAGCGAGAAAUUCCUGAAGCCCCUUUAGAGCUAUGUGAGAUUGAAACUCUGGGUGUUGUAGUGGCAUUUUCACCAUUUACUAUUUUAAAUUCAUUGGUAACAGAAGAUGACUGGGAAACAUUUAGCAUAUGCUUGGAUCAACACAUUGAAAUUCUGCUAGCCACGGUUGACUAUAAAGAUAAACUAACCGGAUUAAUUGCACAAUUACCAUCAUUAGAAUAUGUUGAAAUUGAUGAUUGGGCUGGAUUGGGUGCUGUGAGAUAUGUGCCACAGCAGUGGCAAUCUUCUGCCCAACAAUUGGCUACUGAUCAAGCAAAACAAGAUUUAAAUAGAUUAAAUGUACGUAUUGUGCAACAGCUUCGUUCAAUCGAUGCUGCAUUUUCACUUGGAGAAGGAAGCGACAGUCUCGCCUGUGUCAGGUUUGGUAUGGUCACAGCUGAUACGGAUGUAGCAGAAUUGUUGUCUUUAGUUCAAAGUACUGGACGCAAAGAAGAAGAAUCUACCAAAUAUAUUGAUUCAAUGACUGAACUUGUAAAAAAAGGUAUAGAAACUGCGACUGUAGACUUAAAAAAAGAAACCGAAGAAAAGAUUUGGCAAGAAGGAAUUUUACGACAUGUGCCAGUUUUUGGUAACUUAGUGAAUUGGUGGUCGCCACCUGCAAAAAAUGCAGUGAAAGGUCGAUGGUUAGACCUUGAGGCAGGCGUUGUACGUUCAACUGAAGUUAUUUAUGAAAAAAAGGCUCAAGUAGAAGACCCUGAAAGUAAUGAAAGUGUCUCCGCCUUGCCCGAUGAAGCACCUUUGGAGUAAAUACAGUUUUGCCCAUAAACGCAUACCCGUCUAUUAAGUUUGCUAUAAUAUAUUUUUUUAUGAAUUUAUUUUCAUUUACAUGUAUGUUUUUAUUUAUAAAAAAAUUUAAAAGUUA